AUGGACACUCCAACACCCACACCCCCCAAAAUCGGCGUCAUAAUCUGUAGCACCAGAAAUCCCCGCGUCUGUCCCCAAAUCGCCAAAUUCGUCCAGGAUACAAUCCAAUCCACGCAACCCAACACCACCACCACCACCACCACCAAUCCAACAACCCACCUAAUCGACCUAACCACCUGGAACCUCCCCCUAUACAACGAACCAGGCAUCCCCUCCCAAAUCAAAGAUACCACCCAAUACACACACGCCCAUACCCGCGCCUGGAGUGCCGAAAUAACCCGCUACGACGCAUUCAUCUUCGUCACGCCCCAGUAUAACUGGGGGUAUCCGGCAGCAAUCAAGAAUGCGCUUGAUUAUCUUUACCAUGAGUGGGCUGGGAAGCCGGCUUUCGUGGUUAGUUAUGGGGGUCAUGGGGGUGGGAAGGCUAAUAGGCAGUUGAGGGGAGGUUUUGGAGGGACUGAGGAUGAGGAUUGUUGA